GAAAGAGCCAAGAAAGUUCUGAAGUUGGCAGGUCUGAUUGAUGCUAACGCCCAUGAAUUGUGUAGACUGGAGGCACUCUGCAGUGGCAAGCCGAAAUUUCUCUCGACAACCAACCAUAGAACCUCCUGGGCUUCUGCUAACAUGACGAUUACAGAUUACACCGGAUUGUGUGAUAAGCUGGAGGGGGAGUCAUUCCCUCCCGACAACGGAUUUAUAAAGAUUAUCCGUCGCGAGCCCAUCGGAGUUUGCUCGGUUGUGAAUGCUUUCAACGGUCCAGCAGUGAUGGUCGCAUUCAAAGGCGCACCAUGCCUUGCAGCCGGAAAUACCAUGGUCGUGAAAGCAUCCGAGAAGACCCCCGUCUCGACUAUCUACUUUGGCAGGCUGCUGAAUGAGGCUGGAUUCCCCCCUGGCGUUAUGAAUAUCAUCUCUAGGGGCAGCGAAACAGGCGCCUUACUUGCUUCCCAUAUGGAUGUUGACAAGAUUUCCUUCACCGGCAGCGUCAACACUGGGAAGAUAGCACAGAUGGCAGCCUCGAGAAACUUGAAGCGAGUGACUCUUGAAUUGGGCGGCAAGAGCCCAAGCAUAGUGUUCCCCGAUGCGAACCUCCAAGUCGCAGUCCAAUGGUGCACUCAGGGCAUAGUCGGCAACAGCGGUCAGGCGUGCACUGCCAGUUCCCGCAUCUAUGUACACAAGGAUAUCAAAGAGAAGUUUGUGCAAGCCAUGAAGACAGCGUUCGAGUCCCUAGACGGAUCUUUUGGCGAUCCAAAGAAGGACACGACGACCAUCGGUCCACUCGUGGACAAGAUGCAGUUCGAACGAGUGUUGAGCUAUGUAGAAAGUGGGAAAACAGAAACAACUCUGGUAUGCUGGAUGCGACCGGCCAUCUUCGUUGAUCCUAAUGCAGACGCGAAAAUAUACAAAGAGGAGAUUUUUAGUCCAGUUGUAGUGAUCAGUGAAUUUACUGAGGAGGAAGAGGUGAUUGCCCGGGCCAAUGCUACACCGUUUGGCCUUUCGGGGGCAGUGUUCUCUCAGGACAUCAACCGAGCCAUGCGUGUUUCGGCUAAGAUCCAUAGCGGAACAGUAUGUGUGAAUUGUUGCACCAUGGUCGAUAUCUUCGCGCCAUUCGGUGGGUUUAAGUCUAGUGGCUGGGGAAGGGAGUUGGGCAAGUACGGGAUCCAAGCUUACACAGAGCACAAGACGGUCUUCAUAAAGUAA